AUGGACAUGGCCUCAACCAUAACGAAGGACAACAAUAGCGCCCCGUCUGCAAUCGUCGACGAACUUGUUGCAGAUUUUCCAGGUCCUGCACAAGUGGCAAAACGACCAGGUCAUUCGGACCACAUCGACGAAGAACCCAGGGCCCUUCAUCUUACCCCCUGCACGUUUACGCGGUACGCCGAACUUCCGCAAGGUGACCGUGAGAAAUACGACCUCGUCGACGGCCUGCUUGUCUUCUCACCAAGGAUGGGCGAUAACUUGCACGAACGCAUAGUGUCCUACAUUAUCAGCAAAGCUCAAGUUGCUCACGCCACUAAGAAAGCGUACAUAACCAUUUAUGGACGCGGAAAAGUGUACAUACCGAGUCGCAGGAGGGCUCUGGAGGCUCAGUUCGGUGAGGUGUUCGAUGACUCCGGCUCACCUACGUCCUCCCCAGGUGGGUCUAGUUCCUCUGGCAAAUCGGACACGGUACGCGAGCCGGAUGUCUCCAUCGGCAAAUAUCGUGACGAUAGAGCUAUGGAGUCCACAGCAGGCGAGCAAUCAAAGACAAUCAGGUUUGGAAAAAACGUUGAUCCCCCCGUACUCGUGUUUGAGGUCACGAGUCCCUCCACUCGCAAUAUCGACCUCGACGAUAAGUGGAGAGCGUACCGCCGAGCCAACAUCGAAGAAUACGUUAUUGUCGACCGUGGUGGAGUUGGUGGAAAAGAUGCUUGCGUCAUUGUGGGUAAACUUCAUGGCCGAAGCGACAAGGACGGAGACCGACAAGGGUCUGGCGAUCCUACUAUAACCACUCGCGCCAGUGGCAGUUCGCCGAUGUACCACAGAAAGAUCUAUCGGGGAAAUGAGUCCGUCAUAUGCCGUAUCUUCAGCCGUGAAGACAAGAUAACGGUGAAAGAGUUGCUCAAUCCUCCGAGUGGCACUAAGGUGAUUGCGUACGAGCUGCAGCACAGGGACACAAAAAUUGCAAAGAAAGAUGCAAAGAUUGCAGAGAAAGAUGCAAAGAUUACAGAGAAAGAUGCAAAGAUUACAGAGAAAGAAGCAAAGAUUGCAGAGAAAGAUGUAGAGAUAGAUAAAUUGAGGGAAGAGAACAAGAGGUUGAAAAAGCGCGAUAGAAGUCCAACCCAAAGCCACCACAAUGGUUCGCCCAAUGGUUCGGGCACCAACAGCCCGUCCAGAAAGAAACAAGUAGAGCAAAAGCAUACAGAAAGGUAAGAAAAGAUAUGCUCUUUGGAAGGGAAGUCAGAUUUGCAGUCUGUGCGGGUUAGCCGUGACAGAUAUUAUAGCGGACAACUAGAUAGUGUUCUUGAUUAUGCCAAAUCAUGCAAGCAAUUGAAGAUAGUAAAUGAAAAGCCAUAGUUGUGAGAAA